AUGUUUGCGACCAACCGCGUCUCGGCCACGUGGGCCCUCACGAUAUUGGCCGUGACCGCGAUGAUACGGGCCCACUGCCCGUCAAACUGCUCAUGCGACGACGAUACGCUGGUGGUGCUAUGCAAGGAGGGCAAUUUGGACGUAAUCCCGAUUACACUGAACCCGUCCAUCCAGAGACUGAUGCUCAUGUAUAACCGCAUCAAGAUCGUGGACGCAUCGUUUCAGUUUUACGGGGCACUGCAGUAUGUGGAUAUAUCGCACAACCACCUGGUGAACAUACCCAACAAAGGGUUCGAGGCCCAGGAGAAGCUCGUUGAGCUCCACCUAAAUCACAAUAAGAUCUCUUCAAUCAACAACAAGACGUUCAUAGGGUUGGCGUCACUAACCAUACUGAACCUGCGUGGAAACUAUCUGGAAGACCUGCCUGAUCGGCUGUUUGCAGCACUGCCCAAACUCGAAGAACUCGACUUGGGCGCCAACCGCAUCACCCGUAUCGAUCCGGCCUCGUUUCAGGGCCUAACCCGACUUCGGGUUCUGUACUUGGAUGACAACCAGCUCCGAGCCAUACCCACACCCGCAUUUAAGUUCCUAGGAAACCUUGCUGAGAUGCGCAUCGGCCUGAACGCGUUCACCACGCUGGACGAUGACUGUUUUGCGGGGCUCGGCCGGCUGUCCGUGCUUGAGCUUACCGGCGCGGCGUUGAUCAACAUCAGUACCAAUGCCUUCAAAGGACUAACCGUGCUUAGGCGACUGGUGCUAACGGACAACCGGCUGUCGGCCAUACCCACUAAACAGCUGUCUGACCUGAAUCGGUUGGAAGACCUGUGUGUGGGACAGAACGACUUUGUGACGAUUGAACCAAACGCGUUCAAAGGGCUAGCCAACUUGCGAUCAAUUGACGUGUCAGGCGCGUCCCAGCUUUCAGUUAUAAAGAAAGGUGUGUUCAACGACAACCUCAACCUAGAAACCAUAAACUUUAGUAGUAACAAACAGCUAGCGACCAUUGAAAACGGUGCGUUUAUGGGGCUACCCAACCUCCGGAACCUGAUUAUGCGCAACAACGCAUUCACAUCGUUUGCCGAGGCGAUGGUCACAUGGCAAGAAUUGCAGCAGAUUGACUUGACCGAGAACCCACUGGUGUGCGAGUGUUCAGUGCUGUGGCUCAAGGAGCUGCUGGCCCGCCGCAACACCAGCCACGUGAACUGCGCCAGUCCGGCACCGCUCAAGGACAAGCCGCUCAACUCACUCGGGUCCGACGACCUGUCAUGCGCCAAGUACUACACCAGACAGCAGGCCAUCGUGGGUGCAGUUUUCGGGUGCACCGUAGCGUUCAUAGCGCUCAUGUUGCUGUUGGCGUACCGGUUCCGGAAGCGUCUACACCAUUCACUGAAGAAGACGUUCUGGAACAAGGAGACGGUGAACCGAAAGGACCUAGAGUACCAGAAGACUUUCUCAGACGAUGAAUUCAUCGUCCGGAACACAAACACGCAACAUCACCCUGGUCCUCACGGACACCAACCACAACAACAACCACAGCAACAACAACAACACCAUCACCACCACCAGCCCCAACACCAUAACUCGCAGCAGCACAACCAGCACCAUGGUGGCGUUCAGCAUCAUAGUCAGCCACAGCAGCACAAGCAGCAGCAUCACCACCUCCAGAACUUUCAGCAGCAAAUCCAGCAGCAGCAGCAUCAGCAUCAUAGCAACGACCAUCACAUGAUGAUGAUGAUGGCGCCGGCACCACCACCUCCACCACCACCGCCACUGCACCACGGCACUUACAGCCAUCACAACCAACACCUUUACCAGCCACAGCAACCACGCCACCAGAACACAAUGCCGCACCGCAACGACAAGCCGAUACCAGUCACGGAGCUGUAG